AUGACGAAGGAUUCACCCAUCCCCUUGGGUGGUGGCCCCGCGUCGCUUAAGAAACCAGGCAGCCCCGGCCCAGCGGCCUCAGUGCUGAAAGAGCAGAAGCGAGAGCUAGAGAAACUGCGGGCAGAGCUGGAUACGGAGCGCGCGCGCGGACAGGCGGAACGGCGGCGUUUUGCCACCCAAGCGCGCCAGCUGCGGGAGUCCGCAGAGCAGGAGCGACAGCAGCUGGCUGACCAUCUGCGCUCCAAGUGGGAGGCACGGCGCCUCCGGGAGCUGCGGCAGCUGCAGGAGGAGGUGCAGCGAGAGCGCGAGGCCGAGAUCCGGCAGCUGCUGCGCUGGAAGGAGGCCGAGCUGCGGCAGCUGCAGCAGCUGCUGCACCGGGAGCGCGACGGUGUGGCGCAGCAGGCUCGGGAGCUUCAGCGCCAGCUGGCCCAGGAGCUGCUGAACCGCGGCUACUGCCGCCUCGGGGGGGCGUCCGAGGUCCCCGCAGCGCAGUGCCGCUGUCGCCUGCAGGAAGUGCUGGCGCUCCUGCGCUGGGAGACCGACAGCGAGCAAGCCGCGCGCAUCCGCCACCUGCAGGCGGCGCUAGCAGUGGAGCGGCAGCUCUUCCUUAAAUACGUCCUAGAGCACUUCCGCUGGCAGCCCGCUUUGCCUGCACACGCCGACCCCCAAGUCGCUCUUUCCUUGGAAGAACCGACUCCAGAAGCCCAGAGCAAUCCUCGCCGCACCCCAAAGCCCUCUGGUGGAGUCGGAUCCCUCGAAAGCCAGAGCGCUGGCGUGCGCGUUCGCUCUCGCUCGCUGGAUCUGGUACCCGGAGGGUGUUCUAGCUCCCGAGAUGACCUGCUGCCCACGCGCGCCUGCUCCCUCGAUUCCUUGGCAACCGCCGAACAUGCAGGCUCAUUCGACAGCACACUGAGUUGCCCCAAGACCCCCGAAUCCGAGGUGGAGGCCUCCUCGACAAACGCCUCCAUCCCUGGCACCGCUAGUCCCCCAUCGCAGCCUCUGCGACCAUCAACACACAGGAAACCUAGGGACCUGCUGGAAGAAAGCUCUGAGAACAAGCCCUGCGAAGCUCUGAUCCUCUCACCGCCGAGCCUGGAUUACCACCAGUUAGUGAGGCAGAACUCGGAGCUGGCCGAGGCGUUGCAGGUGCUGGCUCGCCGCUGCUGGGACCUGCGCGAAGAAAACGUGCAGCUGAGGCGCGCAGGCUUCUUGGGCGAGGCAGAUGAGAAAAUAAAGUGGCUCAAGGUGAAGAAUGCAGAGCUGACGGAUCUCGCCCAGCGCCUUGAAGACAGGGCCCGCAAGCUGCAAGAGACAAACCUGCCGGCUGUGAGCUCACCUGAGCUGGGCGAGAGCCUCGAGGGCCUGGAACUGAGCCAGGCUUUUGCCCGCCGGCGCGCUCAAGACCUGUCAGAACAGGCUGGCGCGCUGUUGGCCAAGGACCAACAGAUCGAAGAGCUCAGGAGGGAGUGCCACCUGCUGCAGGCGCGCAUCGCCACGGACCUCGGUAGCUCCUCGCAUUCGGGAGAGGGCGCCCACUGCGCGCAGUGGUUCAACGUCAGUGACUUGGACAGGCUGCAGCGUGAGUCCCAAAGAGAGGUGUUGCGCCUGCAAAAGCAGUUGACACUGCAUCAGCGUAAGGUCGGCUCUGAGGCGAAGGAGGGCAGCCUCAGCGAACAACUUGAGGAAGCGCGACACCAAGUGCAGACGCUGGAGAGGAAGCUGGACGCACAGCAGCGGGAGUGCGAGGAUCUCAGCUCUCAGGCUGCCGCUGCGCAGCGACGCUGCCAGGAUGCCGAGGCACAGCUGCAGGCAGCUCUGCGCCAGGGCGCCUGGCUGUCAGAGGAGAACGCAAGGCUGCAGGUCUUGACCAACUGGGUGAAGAAGAUGGCAGAUGACAACAGCAAUGUUCCCCAGCAGCUAAGCCGCGGGAGGCAGGGGCCAGAAGUCGAAGCCACCAGCCUGUUGGUGGAGCAGCUGCUGCAACAGGCGAUGUGCGGGCAGGACAGACUGCAGCAGCUGCAGAACUACCAGAACAAGACCCCAAGUGACCUCCAGGUUGCCAGGAAAGAGAUACGGGGGUUGCAGUGUCAGUCUGACCACAUCCCAGAGCCACUGGAGACCACUCAAGUCCCAGAGUCCCAAGCCAGGGGUAGCAAAAGGCCUAAGUUCAAGCCAAAGUCUGAAGCACAAGCAGUGUCACUGCCUAGCAGGGUCAUACAACCUCCUCCUGUUUGUCUCUUCCUGAAGGAGAACCCUGUUGCCCUUGGGGAACCAUCUAGUGUUCCCCAAGUGUCAGACAGAAACCCUGUCAGUCAGCCUCUGGACUCUAGGUUCCAGGUCAAGAAAUCCAGUUCACAGUCAAAUUGUCAGCCUCUGGACUCUAGGUUCCAGGUCAAGAAAUCCAGUUCACAGUCAAAUUCCUCCUCUGAAGUGGAGUCCAUGUGGGCCACAGUGCCAUCUUGCCUUUCUCUGGACAUGGACACAGCAAGUGAAGUGGAUGAUCUGGAGCCAGACAGUGUGUCCAAUCCCAUGGAACUGAGGGACCCUGAGGCUCCCACCACCCCCAAGCUCAAGACCUUCUUGGCUAGGUAUAGCUACAAUCCAUUUGAAGGGCCUAAUGAGCAUCCUGAAGGUGAGCUGCCUCUCACAGCUGGGGAUUAUGUAUAUGUCUUUGGGGACAUGGAUGAGGAUGGUUUUUAUGAAGGGAAGCUUGUGAAUGGGCAGAGGGGGCUGGUGCCCUCCAACUUGGUAGAGGAGAUUUCAGGUAGCCCUGUCUUGAGCUGCCCACUCUCCAAGUCCCCUGACCUUGUCCCCACUUCACUACCAGCUGGUAAUAGCAAAACCUUGAAGAAAGACAGCUUGUUACUUGGGGAAGUUCAGGAAUCAUUGGAAAGAGGGCCAUGUCAGGUGGAAAGGGCAGACUCCAAGACAGAUACAGCAAUAGAGCUCUUGGAGACCAAGACAGAAGCCUGCUGGCUGGGCUCACUACUGAGAGUGGAGGAGCAGAGCUUCCCCAGACCCCUUCUGGAGACCAAAGGAAUGUUCUGUGUGGCCCCCAUGCAACUACAGCUACAGAGUGUCACAGCUACAUCGGCCAAGAUUACCUGGGUCUGUGGCAGCAGUCGAUACUCCCAUGUGGUGUACCUUGAAGACCAGGAGCACACCCUGACUCCCUCAGGUGUGAACUGCUACAUCUUCCAAGGCCUAUGUCCUGGUACAUGUUACCGGGUGAGGGUGGGAGUGCACCUGCCUAGGGACCUGCUGCAGGUACUCUGGGAAAGAGUGUCCUCCACCAUCACUUUUGACACACCCUUAGCAGGACCUCCUGACCCUCCACUGGAUGUGCUGGUGGAGCACCAUACUUCACCAGGUUUCCUAGAAGUCAGCUGGCUCCCUGUGACCAUUGACUCAACUGGGUCCUCCAAUGGUGUGCAGGUGACUGGCUAUGCUGUGUAUGUGGAUGGGUUCAAGGUAGCAGAGGUUGCUGAUGCCACCGCUGGGAACACCCUACUUUCCCAGCUUCAGGUGCCCCUACCAUGCCAGAAGGUCUCAGUCAGAACCGUGUCUCUCUAUGGUGAGUCUCUGGACUCAGUGCCAGCUCAGAUCCCUGAGGCCUGCUUCUCUUAUUACCCAUUCCUAGGGAUUCCUCCUGUUAGCUACACCAAUCAUCACCCUUCUACUUGCAGAGUUGCCUCUCCUGUCUGUCAUCAGAAGCUGUUUUGGGCGUCUCUGAGCACCAAAGCUGGCCUCCACACCCCUGGAAGUUGUGGGGAACCUCAAGCUAAGUUUCUAGAAGCAUUUCCUAAAGAACACCCAAGGAAGCAGUCCCCAGUAUCCAACCUGAAUUCAGAAGGGGCUAGCAACCAAGCCCAGGACCCCAUAGAGACCCAGAAGGACUAUGGAAAGGACCUGUCCUUUCAGAGGAGUCCCCAGAACCACAAGCCACCUCUGCCCUGUGGCCAGCCUGGGGUAGAAGACCACUCCCAGCACAUGUGUACCAGUGGAAGUCCUCCUUCAGGAGUCUUCCCUCUCUCUACAGAACUUGGGCCUGGUAAACCUCUUGAGAAAUCUCUUAGGCAAAAGCAGAAUGCUGAGAUGUUCACCCCUUACCAGCAGGGCUCCAGCCAGUGCUAUUCAUCUGACUUGCAUCAUGUUUUGGAGAAAAAAGCCAUUUGUUCAUAUUCUCAGUGCACGGCAAAGCUACAGGAAAGAAAAAACAAGCCCCAGAGUGGGCAAAGACAGGCUCCAGGAGGUAAGAGAGAGCGCCAAAUUCACGAGCCUAGCCCAGCGCUGUGCCCAGUUCCAACCAGCAAAGUCAUUAAGAUGUCAAGUGGUGGCCCCAAGCAACUGGAGACAGAGGGUAACACUCCAGUCAGGGUCUUUGUGGCCCUCUUUGAUUAUAGCCCCCUGAUAAUGUCUGUCAACCACAAGGCUGCAGAGCAGGAGCUGGCCUUCCAGAAAGAGCAGCUGCUAAGAGUGAGGGGCUCACGGGAUCCCCAUGGUUUCUACCAUGGAGAGUGCAAUGGACAAGUGGGCAAAAUCCCUGGGCACCUGGUAACUGAGGUUGAGGUGGGCACAGAGGAGACUGACAAAAGAUGGUAUUUGCCAGCACAAGGGCAUCUGCACUCUGAGGCCCAGUUUGAAGACUUUGAGGGUCUUACCAACUCCCAGGGAUCCUUCCUCAUGCCCCAAGGGAAGUCCAGGACACCCAUGCUGUGGACUCCAAAGACAAUGGUGGCAGCUCUGGACUAUGAUCCCAGGGAUGGGAGAGCAGGGUUCCAGGCAAAGGAUAAGCUGGUGCUGAGAGUUGGAGACGUGGUCACAGUCUAUGGGCCUGUGGAUGAUAAGGGAUUCUACUAUGGAGAGUGUGGUGGACAUAGAGGCCUGGUCCCGGCCCAUCUGCUGGAUGAUUUGUUUGUCCGUGGAGAGUAAGCAUGGCUGCCUUCUGGGUUGGUAGCCUCUGACUGCCCACAGCCCUUUGGAAGAGAAGCAAGCACAUAUACCUUCAUACAACACCCCCUCGUCAGCCACCUUAAGCAACACUGGUUCCAAGCAACAGUGUUAAACUGAUGGUAGUUCUCAGAUGUCCCCUAGUGUCCAAAAGCAGCAGAGCUUUUCCAUUAUCAGCAUGUCUUUAGCAGGUUAACAUUUUCCAUUGAUUGCCUUGUAUGAAAAUCUCAAGAAAAGUCUGCAUCUUAAAAAGAAAAAGCAAUCAGAAUGUUAUUUUUCUAUUUUAUGUU